GAAGGAGGUCAUCACACAUGGCCCAUGGGUGUUGAAUUGAGAGACUUGUUUCAGUAGCUAUAUUAAAAUUCAAGGAAACUGUGGGGAAGUCAGGUGCAGUGCAUAGAUCUGAUUUUAACCAGCAAGCUGAUACCAACAUUCCAGCCUCCACCCAACCUCUCCUCACAUUACAGCCUCCCAAUAUUUCUUCCUUCUCCUACAGUUUUUGACAGUCUCUCAAGCACACAAGUUAGGUGUGCUUUCUCUGCCUUCCUUUUUCAGUUUUUUCUCAUGUGGCCUGGACCUUCCUCAUUUCUUGCAUCAUUUUCUGGCAUAAAAACCCCAAAUCCUAAACAGAAAGGCAGCAACUUUCAAAUCUAUCUGUCUUUCUUUCACUUAUGUCUUAAAGCAGUCCUUUCUAUUUGGUUUUUGGUAACCUUAUGAAGAGGGAUCUGCGUUCACAUUUGAGUUUAAGGUUCCUUCCCAUAUAUAGAAAGAUGGUGGCUGGAAAUGGGCUGUUAUACCCAAUUCUUGGAUUUGCGUCAUGUGUGGCUUUUAUUUACAUGUCUUUUGGCGACUUGAAGCUUAGUAGUUUUCCCAAGGAACCAAGGUUAAGUUUUGUGGAAAGGAAUGGGACACAAUUCUUUUUGGAUGGUAAACCGUUGUAUGUUAAUGGAUGGAAUUCGUACUGGUUAAUGGCCCAUUCUGUGGAUGAAAAUAAUAGACCUAGGGUCAGUGCAAUGCUGCAAGCUGGUGCAAAGAUGGGUCUCACUGUCUGUAGAACUUGGGCCUUUAACGAUGGAGGGUAUGAUGCUCUCCAGAUUUCCCCGGGGCAAUUUGAUGAGCGAGUUUUCAAGGCCUUGGAUUAUGUCAUUGUAGAAGCAAGGCAACAUGGAGUUAGGCUGCUUCUUAGCUUAGUGAACAACUUGCAAGCAUAUGGUGGGAAGACACAGUAUGUCAACUGGGCAUGGCAAGAAGGCGUUGGUUUGAGCUCUUCUAAUGAUUCCUUCUUCUUUGAUCCAUCAAUCCGCAAAUAUUUCAAGAACUAUGUCCUGACUGUCCUCACAAGGAAGAACACCAUCACUGGAAUUGAGUAUCGGAAUGAUCCCACCAUCUUUGCUUGGGAGUUGAUGAAUGAACCCCGUUGCAUGUCUGAUCCUUCUGGGGAUACACUUCAAGAUUGGUUAGAAGAGAUGACAGCUUUCGUAAAAUCAAUUGAUAAAAAUCAUCUACUGACCAUUGGCCUGGAAGGAUUCUAUGGUCCUAAAAGCCCCAAGAAGUCAACUGUGAAUCCAGAAGAGUGGGCAUCGACCCUUGGAUCUGAUUUUGUCCGCAACUCCAACAUUGCAAAUGUUGAUUUUACCUCUGUUCAUAUAUAUCCUGACCAUUGGUUUCAUGAUCUAGGAUUUGAAGAAAAACGGAGUUAUGUUUCCAAGUGGAUGCGUUCACACAUUGAAGAUUGUGACAAGGAACUGAAGAAGCCUGUUAUGUUCACUGAAUACGGCUUGUCAAACCAGAACAAAGACUUCCAGCCAUCCCAGAGAGAGCGGUUUUAUAGAACUAUUUCGGACAUCAUCUAUAAAUCUGCAAAGAAGAAAGGGUCUGGGGCAGGUGCUUUAGUCUGGCAAUUCUUUGUUGAAGGAAUGGAAGAGUAUAAUGAUGAUUUUGGGCUUGUACCAUGGGAAAGCCCCGCAAUUUACAAACUGACAAUAGAACAGUCAUGCAGAUUGGCUAGAAUCCAAGGACUUAUUCAUGAAAAGGGAAACUGGAAAGAACUGUGUUCCAAGAGAGAGUAAAACUAGUUUAAUCAGAAAAUCAAUUCUUUAUGGUGAGGUCGUUUGUCCAAGGGGUACAAGUUCACUGGUAUUGUACCGUUUUUUUUUUCUCAUUUUCACACAAAUUAUAUUAGGUAGAUAUGCAGAUAUAUAGCACUACGCUGCAUAAAUUUUCAUAGCUGUCUGUUUAGAGAUUUUCAUGGUAGAACUGUGAAUGAAAUCCCCAGAUAUUUGUGGGUUGCAGCACAGAUUAAAUUAAUAAUAGUAUAGUUUGGAAGAA